UAAGAAGAUCCACAAAAUGGGAAACUCAACGAGCGAACUGAGCGAACGUGAAAGAAAGGAGGCUGACUUUGGAGAGAAAAUCUAUGAUAUAGUAAAUGAAAUAUAUCCGGAAAGUUGCGAGAAUAUUACAGGAAUGCUUUUGGAAGCGGAAGAUGAUGAACUGGAGCGACUUCUAUCGACGGCAGGUCGCAAUGAGCUCGAAGCUAGAAUUCAUCUAGCAGCAAAAAACUUGAUUUCCACGUCUUCAAAAUUGAUAUCCGAAAGGUAUUAUCUUAUUGUUACUGCAAGCUGUUCUUUCAUUGUAUUUUCAAGUUGAUUUCCAGUUCAUUAUCGCGUUUGGACGCUGAAAGUAAUUGGCUGUUUUUAAUUCAGUUAAUUCUGUUUUGUUUGUAGCUAAAAAAGUGUGAAAUGUUGAAUAAGAUGAAGAUGAUGACGAUGACAGUGACAGUGGAAUCUAUUGUUAGUCACACCUUGAAAUCGAAAGAGUAGUUUUCAUUAGUGUCAAAUGAAAAAAGCACAAGUUCCAAAUUUUAUUUAUUACAGAAAGAAUAACAGGUAGCUGAUGCUCAAAAUAUAGGAAUUUCCAGGGCUGUGAACCCCCCAUGUCUUUAAACAUUGAAUUGAUAGGGAAGGGAUGAAAGUUGACAUCAUAACCUACGACACAUGACAUCAAUUGUACAAAAAAUACUUGUUGACUCCGAUCAUCACAAAUUGCGAAUACAGGAAAAAGAUGUUGCUGGCAUUGUAAAAUUUGGCCCGAUUGGUUUACUUCUACCCAAUCACAUUACUACUUAUAUCACAAUGGCAUACCAGAGUUUAAGAGGAAACGGUUGAUGUUAACAGUUAAAUAGCUCAAACAAUGCAAAAUAUUUAAAAUUGUAUUCUCGCAAAGUGUAGUCUACAAAAAAAUGGCAAACUUCGGCAAUUAGCCUUGAGAUUUCAGACUCUUGUCUGGAGAGCGAAAGAUACAGUCUAAAAUCUGGAGUCUCCCAGAUUAUCUGGGAGAGUUGACAGCCCUGAAUUGCUCCUGUUGCAUAACCUUCAAAAUAUAAGGAUAAUAUGUUAGGUGAAAACAACUGUUUCUAAAAAACUAAAAAGAGAGGAAAGCCGUGAUUUAGUAACACUUUCACCUAACACAAAAAGAUAGAAUUUCUAAAAAGGCCUAACCUUUCAAGGGGGUACAUAUUUCCAUCCUAGCCAUACAGCUGUAGGUGACUGAGGGUAACAUCCUUUUUUUACAUGUCAAAUUUUCAAGACAAUGCUAAAAACAGGUGACAUAGACUCCUUUGCAGCCGUUUUUAUGGUCGUCACACAAUGGUUGGGGAGGAGUGUUGUGUGACAACCCUAAAAACAGCUGCGAAGGAGACGCCAGGUGACAGUGUUCCUUUGUGUUGUUGGCCACCAAGAGGGUUGUGCAGGGACCUAGAUGAACCUAGUUCCCAGGGUCCUCUCUUACCCGUCUCUCUCACUCCACUGGGAGGGGUAGGAGAGGGCCCUGGGAAUGAGGUUGGCACCAAGAUCCCUGUGCAACUAUCCCUCAACUAACAAUGGAAAUCAUGACCAUGCAGCUCCGAUAGUUACACAAGGAUGGCAUGCAGGUUCUUGACAGCACACUUUUUAUGAACACAAAAUUAUUGCUUGGAGUGAUGAUUACUCCAAGUAAUAAUUUUGUGUUCAUUACAAUUAUUGGCCCUAUAUCUGUGCCAAAUGAUCAUCUUAAUGCAGUAUUCGAUGAGGUUGUUAACCUGUGCGGGAGUUGCCGAAACAAUGCCCUUCCACGGUCCCCCCAGGAAAACCUUUAACUUGUUGCAAUUCUCUCCCUGCAUGAGAAACGUCUUUCCUUACAAGAAAGGAAUGUGCUAUUUGUAGAUCGCCCCAUCAAAUAGAAACAUAUUCACUUGGACAGUAACAAGGGCUUUAAAUGCAAGAAGGGCUUUAAAUGCAAUACCGUAUUUGAGAGAAAUAAAACUGAAACUUAACUUGCUUUCAAGUCUUAAGAAACAGAAUAUUUCUGUUAUAUAACAGUAUUUAAAACCCCUAGAGUUGAACCUGUCGGUGUCACAUUUUAUAAGAGUAGAAUGACUAUAAUUUUAGAAUUUCCGGUUAGAUCAGAUUAGUCAUGUUAGUAUCGUCAUGCUAUAGUUUUGGGGGCAGAGGGAUGGGGUAAGGGGGUGAGUUGUGAAAAUGUCCCAAUUAAAAUAAUACCAAUAGUUUCUUGCUUCAAAGGGCUAUCUCUGUCCCAUUCCACAGGUUAGGAGUAGUUAUACACUAAAGCCGGUAAAAAGUGUAAUAAUAUUAUUGUGAUCUAUACUUCCCAAAUCAAUAAACCACUGCAUCAUGCAGUCCCCCAUAUGGGGGUCUUGUUGGCAACUACUUGGAUUUGUAUGAGACUUGUAUCUCUACUCUAAGAAGCAAACAAAAAAUGAUUUACUAUAAAUAGCCAUUAGUUCACUAACCCCAUGAAAGGUUGUCAAUUUCUCCCUCUGGUCCUUGACUGUCGUAUCUACAAAGCCAACCUGUUUUUAAAUUUAACUCUUAGACUUCAAGAUAGUACCAAUUUUUUUAACAGCUUAAACUGUUUUAAACAACUUCAGGGAAAGGGAUGAGCUGCAGGCAAGUCAUACACAAAAUGAAAGUGACGAGAAGGUAAUGCACAGCAUACCAAUAAAUGUAAAAGAACUGGGUGAUUGUGAAAACAGUGGUCUAUCAGAGAGAAGAGAGUUGUCACCGUUUGGAAGAAAUACAAACUGUUCCAUAAUAUCAGAGGAGAAGCAGGCCAUGGGUGAAAAAAUAUAUGCUUUUAUAGAAAAAUACUACCCGUGUGAUGCAGAUAUAUUGACAGGAAUCUUAUUAGAAAUGGAUAUUCAAAGCUUAGAAGAACUUGUGAAUGACAAAGACCUGUUAGAACGAAAGGUGAGAGAAGCUUUGGCAGUUUUGCAAAAUACUGAAGUCUCUCAAAAUAGUCAAAGUGGGUCUGGAUCAAAGGAACACCCCGAUAAAGCAUUGAUUGGAGAAAAGCUGUUUGAAUUGGUCAGUGCAAUCAAUUCAGAACAAGCUGACAAGAUAACAGGGAUGCUUCUUGAGAUGGAUGUUCAAGAUUUAGAAGUUAUAGUUCAAAACCAAGCAGCUCUUGAGGACAAAAUUAAUGAGGCGUCAAUGGCUUUGAACAGCCAUCUUAAUCACGCAGAAACUAAAACCUUGGCUGAAGAAAACCCAGACAAGAAACUAUAUGGUGAACAACUUUAUUGUUCAAUUAGUGAAUGGUACCCUGAGCAGGCUGAUAAAAUCACUGGAAUGCUUUUAGAGCUGGAUGUCUCCACACUAAAGUUGUUGAUUGAGGAUUCUGUGGCUCUUAAAGACAAAGCCUUGCAAGCAGCAAGCGCUCUUACCAACAUAAAUAUUAUUAAGGAACGUUCACAGUCUCCAAAAGAAGUGAGUCUAGAGACUAAAGACAAAAGAAUCUCACACUCUGAAACAAAAAAUAAUUUAGAUGAACAGUUGUGUAGCAUCAUAAAAGAAUGGUAUCCAACUGAGGCUGGAAAAAUAACAGAAAUGAUUAUGAAUUCUGAAAAAGACCGUGCUACUCUGGAAACUUUGGUUUUGAAUAAAAAACUGUUGAAAGAGAAAAUCAAUGGGAUGUUGGGUGUAGACCAAAGGAAUGCGCCAGAUGGUCCAAACAGGUGAGAGUUUUUAUUUGAGCCUGUUUAUUAUGAAUAAUUAAGUAGUAUGUAGGUAAGUAGUCCUAGCUACAUUGGACCAAAGUCAUGGGUUUUGAAGAAGACUUGCCUGGAUGAGAUAGGAACCAUUCCCCUUUCUUGCUUAUUUUCUGGCAGUUUGCUCAAACACUGUAUGGAAUCCCUUUUUAGAAAGCAAUAUGGACUCCAGUUGCCCCACCCUUUAUUUGGACAUCCUUAACUUCUUGUGGGAAUAAGGGGGAGAGCUCUGGAAUGCUGAAUAUCCUUUUUUUAUUCGACGUAGUUUUAUUCAGAAAAACCCCAGUUAACUCUAACAUGGUUGACUCAAGCUCCCCACUACUGACUAGACUUGCUUCAAGUCAACUCCUUGCAAGUUCUCGAUCAAGAGCAGUCUUUAAAGGGAGUGAAGUGAGCUUGAAUGUGAUCAUGCAGCGACCAAGCAAGCAAAAAAGUCAGCCUAACCAACCAAAAACAGUCUUACUUCUGACUCGAACUAAUUUUACUUUUUCCCUUUUCUCUUUUACAGUAAAUUUACCCCCACUAAAUUGAACCACUGCCAAGUCAAACUAUUUCUUGUUUCCCUUGGGGGUUUUGAGGUAACAGAGUUCAAUUGAAUUUCAAAUGUAAGCUUAUACUAACUAGACAUGAAAUAGAGACCAAGGACCUAAGCCUGAUACACCCUUAUCAACCCAACAUUUGUAGGGCAGUUCCUUAGCAGAUAAACACCAAAAUUCAGGAUUUUUUUUGUGGUUUAAUAAAUUCAACCACUGGUGCAAAUUUUACUUUUCCCGGGGGCAUUGCUACCUAUGUGCCUGUACCCACGUAAACACCUGAAAUAUUCACCACUUUAGAAAUGAGGAGGAAACAAUGCAAAGUUAAAUUUUGCAAAGACUUCUGGGAUCGUUACUGGGGAUGCGCCAGUCUAAGAAUCGGUCAGCGAUUGGCCAAUUUUUCCCGCCCCUAAUAACCGUCCCAGAAGUCUUUGCAAACGUUAACUCGGCCCCAAAAGCGAAGAAAAUACGUUUUUUUUAAAAAAAAAUAAUGAGGCUAUUGAACUGCAGCAGAUAUAAAUAGGUAAAAGUAUUUAUAUUCCAUUGAGUUUGUUUAUAAAGCGUUUCUCGUUAAUGUUUCACAGGCAAAAGACCAAAACUGAAGGCGACGUAACGAAAGAAAAGCUUGGCGAAAAAUUGUUUGAGGUGGUUGAAGAAAUAUGUCCACAAUAUGCAGACAAAAUCACAGGAAUGCUGUUAGAAAUGAGCGUGAAGGACAUCGAAAAUCUGAUGAACAGUCAUCAAGAACUUGAAGAGAAAAUACGGCUUGCUGAAAAAGCACUAGUUUAA